AACUGAAGAAAGCAAGUUUACCAACUUUGGUUGGUGAGGUGGGGAGGAAUUGGAGUAGUGAGGGGCAGUGGAGGCGGUGGGAUAAGUGGGAGGCUGUGAAAGGCUGUGAAGUGGAUCGGUUGGAAAUUGUGGAAUUAACGAUUAGUGACUAUAGUG